UGUAGCCCAGAGAGCAGUUGUGCCCUCUGGUUCCCAGUGCCUGUAUGAACAUCUUACAGCCCUCUCUGCACUGCAGAACAGCCUGAACAUGACAUGGGAAUAUCCAUGCAACCACCUGCUAAAAACCAAACCAUGUACAUUACACAAGGCACUGCAAAUAAAUAGCUCCAGGAAAAGAACAACAACAAAAAAAUACCCCACAUUUGUGUUUGCAGGGACAGUAGGCAGUAUUUCAGCAAUCAUGGCAAGUAUUUCUAACUAAAAAUUUGAUGAUUCCCAGACUUCAGCAUUUGACAAGGGGCUGUUAAAGCCUCUUGAGCAGUAAAUCACCUCUCUAUCAGUAAUCUUAUUAUAAUAUGAGUAGAAAUGUCGAAUGUUUAAAUCCCACUCUAUUACUAUAAUAAUGGAUUUGAUUUUUAAAACAUAUAAAGUGAGGCUAUAACUGUUCUGGAGGGAGAUAUCUGUCAUCCCACUGUAUUUAUAUAAUUUCCUGAUGGCUUUGCCACAUAUUUUGAAUGGAAGAAGGAUUAAAAACAAUCCCACUUGCAAGAUUUUUGUGAUUGGGAAUGGAUCACAAAAAUGUGGAAAUUGUUACUAAAAAAAUCACCCUGAACUUCGCAUUCAUGCAAAACAAAUAUGUAGGUGUUUAUCUGUGACUUGCUCCAUCCCGGCCCUCUGCUGCUGCCAGAAAAGCCUUGCUUCCAGCUGCACAAUCAGUAUUAUCACUAUGAGCUAUUUUUGGCUCCUGAGUGCAUCUCAGCAGCGUCAUCCUUCCCACGCCAGCCCUGGUACGAAGGACACAAACUCUUCCUUGCACUCCCUCAUCCUCGCUGCCGCUCCCGUCUGCGCGGAGCCGCCGCCGGCUCCGUCCCCACUCACAGGGGUCUCCAGACACUUUUCCCUGGUCCUUCUCAUCUUCCCAGGCAGGAGGCUUUCCAUCCAAAUCUUCAUGUGGGAGGCUUCAUGUUGGCAUCCAGAGUACAUGUCCCAAAUAUGUCCAGCCUCACUUUCUGACCCUAGUGCCCAAGAGCUGCGGACAGAUGAGAGUAGCUGUCCUCCUUCCAUACUGAGAAAAAGGCCACCUGUGGACCAAGCUGUGGGGGAAAAGCGGAGAGCAGAGAGAAGGGUUCGAUUUCGUGAGCCAGAAGAAGUCAUUGAACAUGUCAUUUCCUGCUGUGACUACGUAGUGGCAGAUGACAGGACAUCAUCUGGAUUGCCUGUGCUCCUGUGGCUCUUGUUUUGUGCAGUGCUGAUCCUUGCUGCGAGUCUCUACUACACCAGCAUGAAGCAAGAUGUCAAAGUCCUGGAGGAAUUUCAAUCCCGACUUGUCAUCUUCUUUCUUCACAUAAGACACGUUGCUCAGAGGUGCUGGACUUGGUUUAUGAGGCAGUAGCAGUGUCCUCCAGCCUGACACUGCUAAGAAACAUCAGUGCAAAGCUCCCAGCCUACUGCAGCCACAUGCAAGGAACACAUGAGCAUCCACCUCAAAGAGCAAGAAAAUCACCCCUGCUGUUCACCAUCCAGCAAACACUUGUUCUCCUUUUUCCUUCUUUGCAAUUUGUUUUUUUUUUCCUUCUUCACAUAAAUGAACAUUCAUACUAAUGCCUUGAGGUCCCACCAAACUCGUCCUCCGUCACCCUGAACAGCAAACAAGUAUCUGGAUUUAGUGACCCAGAGUUUAUAACUGCUAAUAUGAGGAGCAAAAGCAGAGAGAGAAAUACAGCAAAGUCUUCUGAGUCUCAGGUCAAGGGUUUCGAUAUCAAACUAUCUUUCUCCUCAAGUCUCCUAAGAAUAAUUCUGCAAAAGUCAAAAUAAAGCUGAGCUAUUGCACAGACUGCUCUGGUGGCCAAAGGCUUGGCAAGCUGCUAUAUUUAUACACCUGAAAUGAUUAUUAGUAAAAUCCCAGAAAAUGGCUUUCUUGUUUCCCUUCAUGCUUUUUUUUAUCCUCCAUGGGCAAAAUCUGGUUCUUAAUGCUUCACUUGAGUCCCAGGUGUGAAAAAGAACACAGAAACUCAUUAAACAGAAAAUGGUUUAUUUGCCUAACGUAAUAAAUAGAAGCAAUGAAACACAGGUUAAUCAUCAAAUCAGUAGUUUAAUCCUCUGGGUUUGAUUCAGUCCAUAAACCCCACAAGCUGACAUGAAAGAUUUAUGAUAGUGCUUUUAUUCAGACAGAGGUUGUGCCUGAGUGUUCAAGGCCUUAUAUCAUGAUAAUAUGGACUGCUUAUGAGGAUGUUGGAUGCAUAGUUCCUUUAUCACUCCACUGUCCCAUCAUACUCUGCAUUUCUCUGAAAGGAAUCCUUUCAAUGGAGUACAUGUGAAACAGUGCUCUGGGUAUCUGAGAGGAGAACAAAUGACUGCAAGUUCAUGAGCUUCAAAGAACCAGCACAAGCACAACCAGAUUUUAGACCUUAGACUCUGCUCAGCUAGCACCUGAUAUGUGCUUGGAGUUAUUUUCUAUGGCAAGAUUGACAUCAGAAUCUGUAAGAGACGAAGUAAAAGGGAAAAAAGGGGGAGAAAAGGGAGAAAAAACACUGCGGAGAAGAUGAAGAGAUGUCUGCAAGACAUUGCCUUAUAUUCCCCCUGCCAUUGCAACCAUCAAAAAGAAAAAAUGGUGCUUAAUUUCCAGUUACUUUUUAAAAAGAGGGCCAUACAUCUGCCCCAGCAACCUUCUCCCAGGCAGUCCAAGGAUUUUAACCAGGAGAGGAUAAACAGGAACACAACAUGCAGCCUUCUCCGAGAAGAAAAGGGGGUAGCACUUGAUUGAAAACAAGUCAGAAAAAAUGCAGUCUAAGGCAGAAAGAAAUGCCUUCAGUGGCUACUCUCAUGCCCUUCUUAAGCUGUCAAAGCCACAGGUGUGGCAUUGGACAUGAGCUGGCCUGGAAAACAGAGAUUGCUCUGGCCUGGGAAGCAGAGGGUGCUCUGGUCUGGGAAUCAGGGAUUUCUCUGGCCUGGGAAGCAGAGGGUGCUCUGGUCUGGGAAUCAGGGAUUUCUCUGGCCUGGGAAGCAGAGGGUGCUCUGGUCUGGGAAUCAGGGAUUUCUCUGGCCUGGGAAGCAGAGGGUGCUCUGGUCUGGGAAUCAGGGAUUUCUCUGGCCUGGGAAGCAGAGGGUGCUCUGGUCUGGGAAGCAGAGGAUGCUGCAGGAGCAGUGUUUGGCUCAGGGGCUGUGUGCUGAUCACUCAGGUACCCCAGCUCUGAGGAUAAGUCCCACCACUGUUUCCCUCCCUUUUACCCUGUCUCAGCCCUGCUAUUUAGGUAAUAAAGAAGAAAUGUUUUAAA